AUGGCACCUGGAUGCAAAGUCACUUUCCGCCUGCGGGGGAAGCUGCCUGCGCCAGAGGGACCUGGUCUGCGCUGGACCAGGCUAGGCUCGAACGGCUUUGGAGCCGUGGUGACGGGACUGAAGCCUCAGGACCUUCAAGCGCCCAAAGUGCGGCGCAAAUUGGUCGACUUGUGGCGUGGCCGCAGAGGCCUACUGGUCCUGCGAGGCCUUCAGCUUUCACCGGAGGAGUUAGUCGAUCUGACCGGCGCCUUUGGUGAAGUGGAAGAAGCUUUGGCAGCUUCCCGCGUCAAAGCACAGGUCCAGACCACGCCGGGUCACUCGAGAAGAGGCGUAGUGAUGAGGCUCGGCAACAGCCGCGAUCCUGCGACGGGUGAGCCCAACGGCUCUUUCACGGCAUCUGCACUGCUGCGGAGCGCGACUGGCACGGAGGCGUGUCAAUUUAAUUGCGAAUCCAAACAGCCGAACUGGCACACCGAUGGGACCUUCCGCCAGCGGCCACCAACGGGCUCUGCCUUGUAUGCGAUCCAAGUCCCUCCGACGGGGGGCGACACGUGCUUCGCCGAUGCCUCCCGGGCCUUUGAGACGUUGCCCAUUGACACGCAGCGGAGGCUGGAAGGCCUGGAAGCGGUGUGUAGCCAGGCACAUCACGAUGCCCUCCACAACGUGAAGAAGCCAGGCACAUACACCUUGAUGAGCCCUGAGCAACGCAUGCAGAUGCCUUUGAUGGCUGUGCCACUGGUGCUCACGCACCCGGAGACCCAACGAAAAUCUCUCUAUGGAGCCAACAGCAGCGUCUUUCGGCUUCAGUCGAUGAACUCUCCAGCGCCUCCAUCCGAGCUGCUGGAGCGAGCUGAGGGUCCUGAGGCCUACGAAGAUCCUUCUGUGGAUGAACUGCGCUCCUUGCUUCCGCAUGCCACAGGGCCAGAACUUGUGAUACGUUGGCAUUGGGACGUCGGUGACCUGGUCGUUUGGGACAACCGGUGCACUAUGCACUGCGCCACAGGAUUUGACCACCAGACCUUUGUGCGGGAGAUGUGGCGAACUACCUUUCAUGACAUGUCUUGGCAGCCACCUGUGCGCCAACUGUCACGCGAGUGA